AUGGGGGCUAACCAGUUAGUGGUGCUCAAUGUGUACGACAUGUACUGGAUGAACGAAUACACCUCACCCAUAGGAAUUGGAGUUUUUCAUUCAGGAAUUGAAGUAUAUGGCAGAGAAUUUGCUUAUGGUGGCCAUCCUUACCCCUUUUCUGGAAUAUUUGAAAUUUCACCAGGAAAUGCUUCUGAACUAGGAGAAACAUUUAAAUUUAAAGAAGCUGUUGUUUUAGGGAGCACUGACUUUCCAGAAGAUGAUAUAGAACGAAUUGUAGAAGAACUGGGGAAAGAAUAUAAAGGCAAUGCUUAUCAUUUGAUGCAUAAAAACUGUAAUCACUUUUCUUCAGCUUUAUCAGAAAUUCUUUGUGGGAAAGAGAUUCCUCGCUGGAUCAACCGACUUGCCUACUUCAGCUCCUGUAUACCUUUUCUGCAGAGCUGCCUCCCAAAGGAGUGGCUCACUCCCAAUGCCCUGCAGUCUAGUGUUAGCCAAGAGCUCCAGGAUGAACUGGAGGAAGAAGAGGAAGCUGCCACAUCUGCUUCCAUGGUGAGAGCUGCGGCAGGCUCCAGACCCAGGCACCACACUAAACUAUAA